UAAGCUCAUAAAACAAGUGGUGCACAAAGAAACAUAUGAGAUGAUGGUGUUAUUACCGCAUCUCUCUUGCUCUCUCACAAGCUUGCCUUCUCAACACCAUAAUCAUAACAAAUUAUUUCAUGGUGUUACUCCAAUAAUACAACUUAACAACUUCACAGCUUCUGCUGCUAAAUCUGGUGGUUUCCCUUUUAACUUUUUCGCUUCUUCUAAGAAGUGUGAGACAUGUCGAGACCAAGGUGCCAUAGAGUGUAUUGGAUGCAAGGGUACCGGAAGGAACAAAAAGAACGGGAAUAUUUUUGAGCGAUGGAAGUGUUUUGAUUGUCAAGGAUUUGGAUUAAGGAAAUGCCCUCAAUGUGGAAAAGGAGGUCUCACACCUGAACAAAGAGGAGAAAGAUAACUUCAUGGCAUACGAAGUACCUAUUUUCGUACAUGUUUUUUUUAAAAUAAUACUCCGUAAUUAAAGCACGUAACAUAAACUUAAAUCUUAUACGGAGUACUUCGUAUUUAUUAUACUUCAAAGCAUGUACAUUUACUCGGAGUGAGAUACAAAUUAACACUCUUGCAUUAAGUUGAAUACUUGAAUAGUAUUGUUUUCUUUUCA